AUGAAUACUCUUGAUAGAGAAGAAGUCCGUAAGGACAAUUAUUACUUCACGACUGGGAUGACAGAAGAUCAGACCUCAGUUACAAAAACGCAUCUCUCUGAUGGAGAAAGCAAUAACAACUCCUCAACGAAAACUUUUGAAAACAAUUCCACUGAGCUCAACUCAAAUACCGUAAUCGAGAAUAAAGGAUGGGACAUUUUCCGUUUGCUGCCUCCGAAACCUGACAAAAUUGGCCAUGGGUUCUGGCAUGAUACAUCUCUUCAAGUGUUGAAAUUAGCAACAUUUCUAGUUUUGUUCCUUCUCACGUUAUCUUCAGCAGUUGUAGCCAAAUCAUCUUUCCUUCUAAUGACAUCAGCCAUCGGUUGGGGUGGCCAGAAUAUGACGAUAUGUAGAGAUAAGAUACCGGAGUCACAUUGGAAUACAGUACAUAUCACUAAUCGUCAUAUAGUCAAAUGGGUUUGGGGCACAUUGUUAGCUUUAUGUGCACCAGAAGCUCUUUGCUUCAUACGGUCUCUUCAUAGAACUCUAUUCAAGAAUGUUAAAAGACCUACAUUGUUACAAUUUGCAGUGGUUCUGAUAACUGAAUCAUUACACGCUACUGGAGUCGGAAUAUUAGUGUUUCGUAUAUUCCCCGACUUGGAUGCAGUCACUGCGUCACAGCUCACGAAUGCUAUGUGUUUCAUCCCAGCAAUCUUAUCUCUGGUUAGUAGACAAGCGAAAGGAGUUUCACUUAUAUUAGUAAUCAUCGAUAUUGCCGCUAUUGGUGCACAGUCCAGUGGCUUCUGGGCGUUCCCGAUGUUCAUUCCUAAUCUGGAGAGACACUCUUUCGCUAUUCCAGUCUCAUUAACUCUCAUUUCAUUAGCUUGGUGGCAGAACUUCGUACAUACAGAAUCUGUGUUCCCGCCUGUGAAAGCCCUCGCCAAUUUUGCUUCUCGGUUAUCUGAAAGAAGAUCAAAGACAUAUGCCUUUGUAUCUCUCUGGAAAAUGUGUAUUUAUGUAACGUGCAUGUUCCUCUUCAUGUCAAGCCGAAUGAGAGUCGAUGAUCUAUUACAAAAAGAUCCGUUUGGAGAAAAGUUAAUCACAAUAACAGGACAUACAAUGAAUCAAACUCUAAUCAACAAAUUCCUGAAUAGAAUGUCUUCUCUUCAACAACCAGAAGAUGUAAUGAUGACGAACAGUCGCCCAACUACGAAAAAACCGUGGAACCCUGAUGAGGGACCUGCUGUUGUUGAUACAGACGAAUAUCGCCACCGUGUGAAACGAAAUGAUGAUAACAUUCCACCACCAGCUUCCCAGAAGCUAAAUGAAAUUGAAGAAGAAGAGGAUGAGGAAGAUCUUCCGUCAGCUUAUAACAUUUUUGAUAACUACGUCGAACUCAAUCUAUUCACUUCUCCAUAUGAUGCUCUUUGGAUUGUGCUUGUACAAGUUUCAGCUGUUUUCAUCUGCUAUCAUUCAAGCAACUUCGCUUGCAAGGUCAUGAUGCAGCGAAUGGGUUUCGCUCUCCCGAUGGCUCUAUCAGUGCCGGCUACUGUCUUAGUAUUAUCUUCAACUUGUUCCUUGAGGAACGAUGAGCCCUGUCAUAUGACAAACGCAUUGACUAAGGAACUAUUUUGGAAAUGUUUCUCGAAUUACAAUUCUUUAUCUGAUUUCAUUUUGAGUCCCCAAACUUGGAUAUGGUUAACAUGGCUUGGAUCCCAAAUUUGGAUAACCAUUCAUUUGUGGACACCAAAACAUGAACGCUUGGCACGUAGUGAAAAGCUAUUCAUUCUACCAUAUUACAUCGGAGCCUUUGUUGAUCAAUCUUUAGUGUUCAAUCGUCGGAGAGAUGAUAAAGCCAAAAUCAAAGCUGAGGACCUUGAGUUUGAACAGGAAGAUUCCUCUCUGACAUAUGAAACUAUACCUGGAGGAUUCUCGAAACCUCCUCCAUCUGUAUGUUCAAUCAGCAGCAGUCGUUUGGAAAACGGUUUGAUAAGGGAUAGCGCAAGUUCAGCAGACGCAAUAACCAAAAUAUAUGUUUGUGCAACUAUGUGGCAUGAAACAGCUCAUGAAAUGACCUGUAUGCUGAAAAGUAUUUUCCGCCUGGAUGAAGAUCAGAGUGCUCGCCGUAAUGCCCAGAAAUAUUUGAAGGUUAUCGAUCCUGAUUAUUAUGAGUUUGAAGCUCAUGUAUUCAUUGACGAUGCGUUUGAUAUAAACCAGUAUGGAGAGCCUGUAAUAAACAAGUUUGUCAAACAACUGAUCGAUGUCAUAGAUCAGGCUGCAAGUGCUGUUCAUCAAACUAUCAUGCGACUGAAGCCACCAAAGAAAGCGAAAACACCUUAUGGAGGCAAAAUCUCAUACAUCUUACCGGGAAAGAACAAACUGACAAUUCACAUGAAAGAUAUGCACAAAAUCCGUAACCGCAAACGUUGGAGUCAGGUCAUGUACUUGUACUACUUACUUGGAUACAGACUAAUGAUGAAAGUUGAUGAACAGUCGAGAAAAGAAGUUAUUUCUGAGAACACAUUCAUUCUUACGCUUGAUGGAGAUGUUGAUUUUACUCCCCAAUGUGUUCAUCUACUUGUUGAUUUGAUGAAAAAGAAUCGUCGUCUAGGAGCAGCUUGUGGUAGAAUUCAUCCUCGUGGAUCCGGAUUAAUGGUAUGGUAUCAAAAGUUUGAAUACGCUAUUGGACAUUGGUUGCAAAAAGCAACAGAACAUAUGAUUGGAUGUGUUAUGUGCUCUCCUGGAUGCUUCUCACUGUUCAGAAGUUACGCUCUAAUGGAUGAUAACGUCACUAGAAAGUAUGCUUCGAAGUCUGAAGAACCACUGGAUUACAUUCAAUAUGAUCAAGGAGAGGAUAGAUGGCUCUGUACUUUAUUACUACAAAGAGGAUACAGAGUUGAGUAUUGUGCUGCUUCCGAUGCCCUCACUUUUGCUCCUGAAGGUUUCAAUGAGUUCUUCAAUCAACGUCGUCGCUGGAUUCCUUCAACUAUAGCUAACAUCAUUGAUCUACUACGUGAUUAUAAAAAUGUUGUUUCUGUCAACGAAUCUAUCUCAAUUUGGUACAUCAUCUAUCAGGUGGUUAUGCUAAUAUCAUCCAUUCUUGGGCCCGGAACUAUCUUCUUAAUGAUCGUUGGUGCUAUCUCAAUAUCCUUCAAAAUUGACACUAACUGGGCUCUUCUUGUAGUCUUCUUACCCGUAUCGAUCUUCUGCAUUGUUUGUCUUGUGGCUAAACCGGAGACCCAACUUUUGGUAGCUCAAGUGAUAGGAGCGCUUUUUGCGAUGUUAAUGACAGCCGUUAUAGUAGGAACUUCUCUUCAAGUUAAAAAGGAUGGCUACUUAUCUCCCAACUCCAUUUUCUUGUUUGCUGUGGUUACUAGUUUUCUCACUGCGGCUAUCUUGCAUCCACUUGAAUUCACUUGCAUCAUUCCUGGUAUUCUGUACUUCUUGGCCAUUCCCUGUAUGUACAUGCUACUACCCAUAUAUAGUGUCUGCAACCUCAACACGGUGACUUGGGGAACAAGAGAAGAUCCACGGCCCGAUGAAAAAAAUGAUCUGGCCAAAAAAGGCAAAGGAGCUCACCUCGAUUUGGUGGAGAACGGAAUGACAGGCGAUAUUGAUGGUGAUUUAUCCGUAGGAUGUGGCAGCGCUUGUCGACUUCUUUGUUGUUUAACUCCUGAUCGCAUGGAAUCUUCUCCACAGGUCUGGAGAAUAAACGAGAAGCUGAACGAAAUUCAAAGAAAAUUGGAUCGGCUAGAUCGUAGAACAGUACAACCUGGAAUUGGAAGACGCUCUUCUGUUAUAUCUACUUCAGGACAGCCAGCUAACUUAGAUAAAUAUUCUGAGUUCGACGAUGAUGAAGUUGGCGAAGUCGAAGACGAUAUUGAGAUGUCCAACCAAUCACAAGCAGCUAGAAAAAAUCAAAAAUGGAAACAAACUCAGAGUGAAGUUUGGUUGAAUGAUCGUUCACUGAAGAGAGCAGAAAGAGAAUACAUCGAACCAGAUGAGGAAAGCUUCUGGGUUGAUGUAAUCGAUAAGUACCUAUCGCCAAUUACAUUAGAAAGUAAAGAACAAGACCGUAUACGAGCAGGUUUAUUGGAACUGAGAAAUAAAGUUACAUCCGCUUUCUUCAUGUUGAACAUUGUGUUCAUAAUCGUCGUCCUUGUCCUUCAAUUACAGAAAGACUGUCUUCAUAUAGAAUGGCCUAUUGGUCCCAAGUUUAAACAAAUAGUACGACCAUGUAACGGAGAUUCCAAAGAGGAGAUUUGGGUGGUGACACGCUUACAGCUUGAACCUAUUGGUUUGGUGUUCCUUGUCUUCUUCAUGAGUAUCCUGAUUAUACAAUUCUGUGCUAUGCUUUGUCAUCGUUUCGGCACCUUAGCGCAUAUAAUUGCAUCAACAGAGUUAUUCUGCUUUAGGAAGCCAAUCGACCGACUCAGUGAAGAUGAGAUGGUGGUACAGAAUGCAGUAGAAAUUGCAAGAGAACUACAAGCUAUGCGUGGCAUAGACGAAAAGGAUGUAGCGGAUACAGAUGAGCGAGGCAUUUCCCGGUUCCAAGUUGUAAAAAAUCUUGAGUCUUCCCGACGAUCAAUGAUGAAAAGAAAAACUGAAACACUAGAUGCUGCCUUCAAAAAACGUUUUUUCGCGUUAUCAAGUGAAGCAGCUCAACAGGAAACGAUUGGAUUCUCUCAAAGAGAUAAUUCCAAACGAUUGACGCUGAGGAAAGGAACUAUACGUGCGUUAGAGCAUAGAAGAGAUUCCUUAUUUGGUACCAACGAUAAAAGAGAUAACCCUUACGCUUCGGAUACCGAUGCUAUCAACGGUGGAAAUAGUACGCGAGGUCCUUCACAACGCCGCUUGGAAAGACUGUUCAAUAAUCAACCUGAACCUUCGGUAGAAAACUCUUCAGCAGGAAGCCGACGAAGAUCGAACGCUCAACAUGUUUGGGAUGCUGCCUCUGAUGAUGGACGCCGAUUUUGA